GCUACAAUUUCAUACGUCUCUCCAACGCUUUCAUUUUCACCCAGAAGGGGAGACGCAGGUGCUUCCUGUGUAAUGUUUUAAAUAAAGUUUUGUUGUUGUUGCGUUUUUAAACAAAUCUUCAAGUAGCGGAGUUCAGACCUGUCAUCAUCUUACUGACCAGUAUCUGCAGUAUCCACAAACUUUCUGCCACGUCAGGACAUUUUCACAAAACAAAAACCUCUGCCGACAGUGUCGUGCACAAUGUGUUCGUCGUUAAACAUACAGUAACCACAGCAUUAAAGGGAACCUGAGAGGAAAUAUACUGCACCGACUACUGCGGAUUGGGGAAUAUCGAUCAGAACGCAAACCAGCGGUUUGGAGGAGAUUUUUUAUUGUCUUGUCUCCCUUAUCUGAAAUGGAAGUCAAAUACAACCUGAAGAGUCCAGCUGUGAAGCGGUUGAUGAAGGAGGCAGCUGAACUCAGGGAUCCAACAGAACACUAUCACGCACAGCCCUUGGAGGAUAACCUCUUCGAGUGGCACUUCACAGUCCGUGGCCCUCCUGAUUCAGAUUUUGACGGCGGUGUCUAUCAUGGCAGAGUUGUGCUUCCUCCUGACUAUCCGAUGAAACCCCCCAGCAUUAUACUGCUCACACCAAAUGGGAGAUUUGAAGUUGGUAAGAAGAUCUGUUUAAGCAUCUCUGGACAUCACCCUGAGACCUGGCAGCCCUCCUGGAGCAUAAGAACUGCACUAAUAGCUAUAAUCGGAUUCAUGCCAACAAAAGGAGAGGGUGCAAUAGGGUCUCUUGAUUACACUCCCGAAGAACGGAAAGCCCUCGCCAAAAAGUCCCAGGACUUCUGCUGUGCGGCGUGUGGGGGCAGCAUGCGGUCUGCUCUGCUGCCUGUGACCUCCAAUAGCAAUCCAAGCGACAAUGACAUGGAGGCCAAAGAGCUUGCAAGACAGAUCAGCUUUAAGGCGGAAUCCAGUUCUUCCAGUAAAGCAGCCCAGAAGCAGGUACCGGUCAGCCCAGUGAGCUCAGAGCCGUCCGGAGAGCAGGCGUCUGAAUCUGGGACCCAGGCAGAAACUCCAGAGUCCCCUGAAGCGGCCGACUCCCAAACCAGCCCCCAGAGCAGUCCCAGGGAAGAGGCUUCCCAGCCCGGCCCUCUGAACAGACCUCUGAGCCCUCGACAACGUCGUACACAGCAGCAGAGCCAGCAGCCUCGGACGCCUGCCUCCCCCACCUACCCGCAGCUCCAGCGCCAGCCUGAGGGCUCCAGCCACGUGGGGUUGGCUGUUCUCAUAGUGGUUCUGACUUUAGCGCUUGCUGCCCUCAUCUUCCGAAGGAUCUACCUGGCCAGCGAGUACAAGUUUGACUACGAACUGUAACGCUCUUCUUGCUUCAUCUGAGCCAGCCUGUAAUCCUGUAGACUACUGUAUAGUAUCAAAGUCAGUUUACAGCGCUCUUCAUUCAGGCAUGGGGCAGAUAAUGGGGAUUUCAUUCACUGUUUGGCUUUGAAUGGGUGUAAUAUAAAUCUGAAUAUUAAAUUCAGGGGAUGAAUAUACAGUAGUGGACAGCUGUUCUUUUUUAGCUUGAUUUUUUUUAUUAUUUUAUAAAUACAUGUUAAAAAUAGUUUAACCCCAAAAAGAGGCCAAUUUUGUUUUUCGCUACACUUUAUUGCUCAUAGUAUACAACCAGUUCUUUAAACAAAGAAUGGCAGAACAGCUAUAAACCAUGCAGUCCCUAAUGAUGGCAAAUCUCUAUAUUAACUAUGUAAACCGAAUGCUUCCUAACAAAUGUCAGAAUAUUUAUUAUAAUAUAUACCAGAAUAUAUCAUAUGAUAUUGUUAUAAAAAAAAGGGUUUUAAUGUUGCUUUUUUAUUUGAUCUAUCUAUCUAUCUAUCUAUCUGUCUAUAUUCAACAACCUCAAUGCUGUAUAAUGUCUUGCUCAUAGUCUGCAGUACAAACAAAGCUUUACAGUGUUUACAGUUACUUGAACCAAGUGGUUGGCUGCCAGUAAACCCCAGCCACAAAUAUGAAGUCCCUUUGGCCAUGGCUUAAUUCAUCUUUGAUUGUAUUUGUAGUGAGUAAAUAGGCACAACAACUGCCUGUUAGGUAUUUUCAGUGACUAUUUCACAAAGGUGUUCUGUAUUACUGAACAAAAAUAACAAUAAUUGAGAUUUGACUUCCCCUUGAAGAAAACUGGCUAUCUACUGUAUGUCAAUAUUUAAAUGCUAGCAUGCAUAUUUCAACAUUCCACUAUCAAUAAGAAUGACCUAAUGAUAAUAAAUAUAACGGGGAGUGAUUUCAGAUACAUUUAUUGCACAUCAACAAAAGGAACAAGAGAAAUCCCAUCUGUCUUUUACAUUAAUAAUAUGUAGGCUCUGCUGUGAAAUGGUGUAUUUGUGGGUUGGGGGGGUUAACAUUUAAACAAGAUACUGCUGCACACAUGCUAAAAAUGAAAUGCUCUCACUCCCCAUGGGUCCACACUAGUAGCAAGUCUGGCCACCUCAGUUAAUUACAAUAUAUUGGACCUGCCUGAGUACAGGGUCUACAACAUGUUGGAGGGUAUUCUGAGUUACAGUAUCAGCAACUCAAACUGAAUGCAUAAUGAUAGAGUUGAAUUUCAUUCCUUAAUGCGUCAAUAAUGCGGGGCUGGCGGGGAGGAGAUACCAAGACACCGAAUUGAUCUUGAGGGAAUAGAAUAGUUUGAAGAGCAUUACAGCCCUUUGAGGCUGUAUGAGAUGAAUUCACGUGGCAUCUCCCAGACGUUAGGACAGGAUAAAUAUUACAUGUGUAUAUCAAUCAGGUUUUGUUACGGUUAUCAUUUGAUGUUUCAGGAAAAAAAUAAAUAAAUAAUAAGGAA